ACCUACUGCGGAGGGCGAGGGGACCUCGGCGCCGCUGCAACCAUGGGCCGCGCGUUUGGGCAUCUGAUGAGGGUGCGGCAUGUGAUCACCUACAGCUUGUCGCCGUUCGAGCAGCGCGCCUUUCCGCACUACUUCAGCAAGGGCAUCCCCAACAUGCUGCGCCGUACUCGGGCGUGCAUCCUUCGCGUGGUGCCGCCAUUUGUAGUGUUUUAUCUUGUCUACACAUGGGGAACGCAAGAGUUUGAGAAAUCCAAGAGGAAGAAUCCAGCUGCCUACGAAGAUGACAAAUGAGCAACUCAUCUGGAUAAUG